GACGUAGAAUACGCGCAUGCGUGGACCGAUCGGGUGACACAGCAAGAUGGCGUCUGACGGAGAAGGCCUAAAGGCGGGCAUUAUAUUUCUGUAUUCUUACAUAUAUGUUGUUUAAUAGAGUACACACGGUUAAUAAUUGUUUGUAGCAGGAUACAUUAGUCUGAGCGCACUUUGACACUUCUCCUGUUUGCUGGCUUCACUUAAGGUAGCUUGCAGCUAGCUUAGCUGGCUAGUUAGCUUAGCUUGUUAGCUGCUAACAAAGAGACGCGGAAGUUAUUUAAACAUCGCUAAGUAGGGAACUAAUGUGAGUGUAAAGUGUUGUGAUUGUGUGAAAAUGUGCGAAAGAACGAUAGCAAAGUAUGAGGAGGAACUUUGUCCAACAAAAGAGGCGAACGAGCGACAACCUCAAGUUGUGUUACACAGAACAGACGUCUGUGAAGAACAACUUCUGCCUGAAAAACAGGAGUGUAGCUUCAGGAUGGCGAAGGAGGAUCCAUCAAAGAGGAAGACCAGGCGCCACAGACCCUCUGGUGUCUCCUUUUCCUCUUUGACACAGACCCUGCCCUGUAAAAAGGAAGAGGAAGACUCACUGACACCCCACAUUAAAGAGGAAGAGGAGGAACACAGCAUCAGUCAGGAGGGAGAUCAUCUUGAAGGACUGGUGGAGUUCCCAGUGACUGGUGUCCCUGUGAAGAGUGAAGAUGAUGAGGUCAAAGGUGAAAACGUCGAAGAACAUCUUCCUCAUGAGCAGGAAGAAGAGCCACAGCCCCACCACAUUAAAGAGGAGGAAGAGGUACCACAUUCCCAUCACAUUAAAGAGGGAGGGGAGGAUCCACAGCCCCCCCAUAUUAAAGAGGAACACGAGACACCACAGAGCCAUAGUGUUAAACUGUCCCUUCACAUUAAAGGUCAAGUAACGGACCCACUGACCUUACACAUCAAAAAUGAAGAGGAGGACCCACUGACCCCUCACUUUAAGGAGCAAGAGAACCCACUGACCCCUCACAUUAAAGAGGAAAAGGAGGACCCACUGAACCCCUACUUUAAAGAGGAAGAGGAGGAACACUGCAUCAGUCAGCCUAAAUGGUUGGAGGAGUUCCCAGUGACUGGUGUCCCUGUGAAGAGUGAAGAUGAUGAGGUCAAAGGUGAAAGUGAGGAGAAGAGCAGCAGCUCAACACAACACAUGACAACAGAAGCUGAUGGAGACCACUGUGGAGGAUCACAAGCAGACAAGCUCUUAGCUCCACUAUCAGAUAGUGAGGACACAACGUCACACUCUCCUGACACUGAUGAUGAAGACUCUAAAGAUGAUAAGACAAACACUCACUUCAAAUGUUCUCACUGUGACAAAUCCUUUAAAUACCGUUGUCAUCUGAAAACACACAUGAGAACACACACUGGAGAAAAACCUUUUGUCUGUUCAAUAUGUGGAAGAGGUUUUACACGAAGUCAGAGUUUGAAAGUACACAGGAGAUUACACACUGAAGACAAACCUUUUAUCUGUUCAAUCUGUAGUAAAGGUUUUGUUCUAAGUAACAAUUUGAAAGUACACAUGAGUACACACACUGGUGAAAAACCUUUUAUCUGUUCAAUCUGUGGUAAAGGUUUUGUACAAAAAAACAAUUUGAAAGUACACAUUAGAUCACACACUGGUGAAAAACCUUUUAUCUGUUCAAUCUGUGAUAAAGGUUUUGUACAAAGUAACAAUUUGAAAGUACACAUGACAACACACACUGGUGAACAAACUGUUUCCUGUACAAUCUGCGGUAAAGGUUUUACACAAAGUCAAUAUUUGAAAGUACACAUGAGAACACACACUGGUGAAAAACCUUUUUCCUGUUCAAUCUGUGGCAAAGGUUUUACACAUGGUCACCAUUUGAAAGUACACACGAGAACGCACACUGGCGAAAAACCUUUUUCCUGUUCAAUCUGUGGUAAAGUUUUUAUACAAAGUAACAAUUUGAAAGUACACAUGACAACACACACUGGUGAAAAAACUGUUUUCUGUUCAACCUGUGGUAAAGGGUUUACACAAAAUCAAUAUUUGAAAGUGCACAUGAGAACACACACUGGUGAAAAACCUUUUUCCUGUUCAACCUGUGGUAAAGGUUUUACACAUGGUCACCAUUUGAAAGUACACACGAGAACGCACACUGGCAAAAAACCUUUUUCCUGUUCAGUCUGUGGUAAAGGUUUUACAGAAAGUCAACAUUUGAAAAGACACGCAGGAACGCACACUGGUGAAAAAUCACAUUCCUGUUCAAUCUGCAACAAAAGAUUUUGUGACCAAUCAAACCUCAUAAGACACAUGAAAAGACACCCAGGAGAGAAAGUGUUGAGUUGCAGUGUGUGUGGUGAAAGAUUCUCUUCUAAGUACCAGUGUAAGAAACACAAGUGUGCUGGUGAGAACAGCAGCAGCAAAUGAAACUGCAGGAUUUGAAAUAAACUGUCAAGACUUUAAUUUGUUUUCUAAGUGUCAAAAAGUCGGGAUUAUUUUAUAAGUGUCAAAAAGUCUGGAUGUUUUUUGUCAAAAAGUCAGGAUUUCUAUUGUCAAAAAGUCGGGAUUUUUUCUAAGUGUCAAAAAGUCGGGAUUUUUUGUAAGUCUCAAAAAGUCUGGAUUUGUUCUAAAUUUCAAAAAGUCUGGAUUUUUUCUAAGUGUCAAAAAGUCGGGAUUUUUUCUAAAUGUCAAAAAGUCGGGAAUUAUUUCCAAGUUUCAAAAAGUUUGGAUUUUUUCUAAGUGCAAAAAGUCUAGAUUGUUUUCUAAGUGUCAAAAAAAUGGGAUUUUUUUUUGUCAAAAAAUCGGGAUUUUUUUCUAAGUGUCAAAAAGUCGGGAUUUUUUUCUAAGUGUCAAAAAGUAGGGAUUUUUUUCUAAAUGUCAAAAAGGGAGAGAAAGUGUUGAGUUGCAGUGUGUGUGGUGAAAGAUUCUCUUCUAAGUACCAGUGUGAGAAACACAAGUGUGCUGGUGAGAACAGCAGCAGCAAAUGAAACUGCAGGAUUUGAAAUAAACUGUCAAGACUUUAAUUUGUUUUCUAAGUGUCAAAAAGUCGGGAUUAUUUUAUAAGUGUCAAAAAGUCUGGAUGUUUUUUGUCAAAAAGUCAGGAUUUCUAUUGUGAAAAAGUCGGGAUUUUUUGUAAGUGUCAAAAAGUCGGUUUUUUUUGUAAGUGUCAAAGUCUGGAUUUGUUCUAAGUGUCAAAAAGUUGGGAAUUUU